AACCCAACGGAGCACUUCCUUUUGCUGCCACGCAAGUUUAUUUUUUUUUUGCUGGUGACCAAAAGAAAAUCUACCAAAACAAGCCUGCCACAUUAUGGGUAUUGGUUAUGGAGCCUCUGACGAACAGCUGGAGAAGCAAAUCGGUUGCGUCAAAUACACGCUAUUCUGCUUCAACAUUGUGGCAUGGAUGAUAGCCACGGCCUUGUUUGCCCUGACCGUUUGGCUGCGUGCCGAGCCGGGCUUCAAUGAUUGGCUGCGCAUCCUGGAGGCGCAGUCCUUCUACAUCGGUGUGUACGUGCUGAUCGGCGUCAGCAUCAUCAUGAUGGCGGUGAGCUUCCUGGGCUGCCUGAGCGCCCUCAUGGAGAACACCCUGGCCCUGUUCGUGUUCAUUGGCACGCAGUUGUUUGGCUUUGUGGCCCUUGUGGCUGGUUCGGCCGUCACGAUGCAGUACAGCACGAUUAACUCGAGCCUGCAGCCGCUGUUGAAUGUGUCGCUGCGUCGCUUUGUGUCCACCUCGGAAUACACCUACUCCAACUACGUGCUGACCAUGAUCCAGGAGAAUAUCGGCUGCUGCGGCGCCACUGGACCCUGGGACUAUCUGGAUCUGCACCAGCCGCUGCCCAGUUCCUGCCGCGACACGGUCAGCGGCAAUGCCUUCUUCAAUGGCUGUGUGGAUGAGUUGACCUGGUUCUUUGAGGGCAAAACUGGUUGGAUUGUGGCCCUGGCCAUGACCCUGGCCAUGCUCAAUGUCAUUUGUGGUACAAUGAGCUUCGUCCUAGUGCAGGCCGUCAAGAAAGAGGAGGAGCAAGCCAGCAACUAUCGCCGCUGAUCCUAGACACGCACAUACUUAAGUUAGCAGUACAGAUUACACAAACGGCAAGAGACCCUGCGGAUAGUUAGUACUACAUUACAUCCCUUCCCCACUAGAUAGAUCCUAGGUUAACCCCACCCACAUCCAAUUCGAACAAUAAGCUUACAAAUAAAGAUUUAAAUGCGACUCGGCGACGCAACCCCAAA